AUGCUUCUCGGUGGCACAAUCUCCACUUCUCCGGCUUCUCUCCGGUUAAGAUCCACCUUAAACCCACAAAACGCAGUCACACAGUCAUCAUCGCAAGCGGCGUUUCCGGCGGCGAUGCAACGACAGCCGGCGAGCUACUCAAUCACCGACGAAGAUCUCGAAUCUAGAGGCUUUCUUCUCCGUCGGACGGCGGAAGGACUUAACCUAGAUAAGCUGAAUUCGGUGUUUGUAGCCGUGGGGUUUCCACGGCGAGACACGGCGAAGAUCAAGGUGGCGCUGGAGCACACAGACGCGCUUUUGUGGGUUGAGUACGAGAAAACGCGACAGCCGGUGGCGUUUGCUAGAGCGACGGGAGACGGCGUUUUCAACGCAAUUAUAUGGGACGUUGUGGUUGAUCCUUCGUUCCAAAGCUUAGGGCUUGGUAAGGCGGUGAUGGAGAGGUUGAUCGAGGAUUUGCAGGGGAAAGGGAUCUGUAACAUUGCUCUGUAUUCGGAGCCUCGAGUUCUCGGGUUUUAUCGCCCGCUCGGGUUCGUCUCUGACCCGGAUGGGAUCCGAGGAAUGAUUGAUUACAAUGUCUCUUUUAACUACUACACUUGUACGAUCUUCAAAUCGAAAGAUUUUGCUUUUAAAGUAGAUUUUCGAUUACUUGAUUUUGAUGGUCAAGAAGCGGCUAUGGCAUGGUGGAAGAAGGCGACGGAGCAGAGGAUGGAAGCGAUGAGUGCGAAGAAACCUAAUCCGAUCAUCAGAGAGAUUCCGGCGACGAUUAGAUCCAUCGCCGUCUGGAAGCUUAUUAGCAUCAUCAACACCAUCUUCGUCUUAUUCUUCUCUCUUGAUUAA